AUGGGUUAUAAGAAUAUUAAAUGUACAGUAGUAGGAGAUGGUGCUACUGGUAAAACAUCUUUAUUAAUAUCAUAUACUACCAGUAAAUUUCCUGCUGAUUAUGUUCCUACUGUGUUUGAUAAUUAUGCAGUAACUGUCAUGGUUGGUGAUGAACCCUUUACAUUAGGUUUAUUCGAUACAGCUGGUCAAGAAGAUUAUGAUAGAUUAAGACCUUUAUCAUAUCCAUCUACUGAUGUAUUCUUAGUUUGUUUUUCAGUCAUUGCUCCUGCAUCCUUUGAAAAUGUUAAAGAAAAAUGGUUCCCUGAAGUUCGUCAUCAUUGUCCUGGUGUUCCAUGUAUAAUCGUUGGUACUCAAACUGAUUUAAGAAAUGAUGAAGUUAUUUUACAAAGAUUGCAUAGACAAAGAUUAAGUCCAAUAACUAUGGAACAAGGUGAAAAAUUAGCUAAAGAAUUGAGAGCAGUUAAAUACGUUGAAUGUUCGGCUUUAACUCAAAGAGGUUUAAAAACCGUUUUUGAUGAAGCUAUAGUUGCUGCAUUAGAACCUCCUGCAAUUAAAAAAUCAAAGAAGUGUACUAUCUUAUGA